AUCCGCCAAAAGUUCAGGCGCACGUGUCAGUGAAAGGUGACGGUCUGCUAACUGCAAGAACGUUUGCCAUGGCCGCCAUGACCCCCGUUAAUCCCUUCAGUCCUGCGGAGGCCCAGAGAGUUUUGCAUCAUUUGCAGCAGCCUGCAGUUUUCUUAAACAUGACGUGCGGUUGGCCCGCUCUCCACUGGACUGCAGAGCAUCUGUCCAGCAGCCUUCGUGACAGGCUCGUCCAAUUCCGACUGGGAAGAAGAGAGGCCACGAACACCCCCCUAUUUGAGACUCAGUGUUCCUACAUCGAAGCCACCGUGGCUCAGUUUCUUCACUGGACUCGGGGUCGGACGGAUGUGGGACCUUUUUCUGAGUAUUCCUACUCAGAGUACUGGGCUUAUGCUGAUUACAAGUACAUCGCAAUGCUGUUUCAAGACCAGCCUUUUAUGUUCGAGGACGUAAAAUGGUCCCAGUUUGGCUUUGAGGGGCGCGAUGGUAAAGAGAGCACUUUAUGGAUCGGCACAGAGGGGGCGAACACACCGUGCCACCUGGACACGUACGGCUUUAACCUGGUGCUGCAGGUCCAGGGACGGAAGCGCUGGCAUCUCUUUCCACCAGAUGACACGUCCAACCUGUACCCGACACGGAUCCCAUACGAGGAGUCCAGUAUCUUCAGCCAGGUGGACGUUCUCCGUCCAGACCUGAAGAGAUUCCCCGAGUUUCAAAGAGCCAGGGCCCACAUCGUCACUCUGCAGCCCGGGCAGGUGCUUUUCGUUCCCAGACACUGGUGGCACUAUGUGGAGUCGGUGGAUCCCCUCACCGUCAGUGUCAACACCUGGAUUGAGCUGGAAGUGGAUGACGUGGCGAGAGUAACAGAAGCUGUGACCAAGACGGUCGUCUGUGCAUUAAAAAGUGCUCAGAGUGACGACAACACUGACAACUGGCUCAACCCCACUGAGGAAGAAAGAGCCUCCCAUAGUGAAAGCAUGCGGUACCUGAACCUGGCGGUGUCGGGUUGUGCUCACAGAAAGAGGAGCCUUUCCCCCGACAAGCCGAGGGCUGCUCAGAAAAUAAAGACAAACCGAGACGGGGCAGAGAUUUCUGCGGCCUUCAGCGCCUCUUCACUUGGACCACAUCUCCUCCUCGUCUGCAGUCAGCGAGAUGAGCUGAAGCGAACGGUCCCUAACGAUGGAGAGGUCAACACUUCCACAAACCGUGCUGCAUCUCAGGAGGACCGUGCUGCACAGGAGCACGAGACCACACAGGCCUGGGCGGAGAAUAAUAAAGGCCCAGGACUCCCGUUGAUAACCACGAACGACCUGUUGGAGUGUCUGGUGCAUCCUGACGUCACGAGUCGUGUCACCGAGCUUCUCCUGGAAAGACACCGAGGAGAUCGUCUCUCAGCAUCACCCGCCGAACACUCCCAGGGGACUGCCGUUAAAGAAAGUUGUGGGGAAGACUAAACUAAAAACAAGAAUCUGUGUCUGCAGACGUUUAUACUCCAACCCCCCGUCUCACUUUAAUGUCAGACUUUUGUCUUUAGUCCUAGCAGAACCUCAGGUGUGAGGAGCAUCAAGCAGGGCUCACAUUUCCUGCUGUUUCUCUGAACACCUUUAUCCAAUUUGGGUCUUCCAGGAAAAGAAAAAUAACCGUCUCAAUCAAGUUACUAUGCUAAUAAAACAAAUAAUUCAAGACAGUA